CCGAGGCCAGAAGUGCACCCUGGCCAAGCUGCUAACGCGGGGUGCAUCUGGUAGCAGUUGUCUGAGUGCGUUCCUCCCGGGACCAGGAAGAUCUUGGGUACUUCCCCCGCACUUGCAAAAGGAUACAACAGAAGAGGUUCGGAGGCCUGUUUUCCAAACUCUGAUACUGUCUGCCAGAGAAAAUCAGCUCUCCCUGGAAGGACGAGCAUUACUUCAGGAGAGUCCACAGUUUUAUGUGUGAGCAGGAUGGAGGCUGACCUGUCUGGCUUUAAUAUCGAUGCCCCCCGUUGGGACCAGUGCACUUUCCUAGGGCGGGUGAAGCAUUUCUUCAAUGUCACGGACCCCCGCACCGUUCUGGUACCAGAGUGGGAGCUGGACUGGGCCAAGGUGAUGGUGGAGAAGAGCAGGAUGGGGACCGUGCCCCCAGGCACGCGAGUGGAGCAGCUGCUCUAUGCCAAGAAACUGUAUGACUCGGCCUUCCACCCUGACACCGGGGACAAGAUGAACGUCAUUGGGCGGAUGUCCUUCCAGGUCCCCGGGGGCAUGAUCAUCACGGGCUUCAUGCUCCAGUUCUACAGGACGAUACCGGCAGUGAUCUUCUGGCAGUGGGUGAACCAGUCCUUCAAUGCCUUAGUCAACUACACCAACAGGAAUGCAGCUUCCCCCACGUCGGUCAGGCAGAUGGCCGUUUCCUACAUCACUGCCACAACCGCUGCCGUGGCCACUGCUGUGGGCAUGAACAUGUUGACAAAGAGAGCCCCGCCCCUGGUAGGCCGCUGGGUGCCCUUUGCCGCUGUGGCUGCGGCUAACUGUGUCAACAUCCCAAUGAUGCGACAGCAGGAACUCAUCCAGGGCAUCUGCGUGAAGGACAGGAACCACAGUGAGAUUGGUCAUUCCCGGAGAGCUGCGGCCAUAGGCAUCACCCAAGUGGUUAUUUCUCGGAUCACCAUGGCAGCCCCUGGCAUGAUCCUGCUGCCGGUCGUCAUGGAAAGGCUGGAGAAACUGCGCUGCAUGAAGAGAAUCCGGGUGCUGCACGCCCCAUUGCAGGUUCUGCUGUCCGGGUGUUUCCUCAUCUUCAUGGUGCCAGUGGCAUGUGGGCUGUUCCCGCAGACAUGUGAAUUGCCAGUUUCCUAUCUGGAACCAGAGCUCCAAGACACUAUCAAGGCCAAGUGUGGAGAACCUGUGCCUUAUGUCUACUUCAAUAAGGGUCUCUAAAUGCCCCACCCCAGCAAGGACCAGUCCAUACCCAUAUUUACCAGCUCCUCCUUAGCCACUGUGGAUUCCUGUGCCUCGUUCCUCUUUGCCAACAGGGCCUGUAGGCCAGGGUGGAUUUUGGGGGAUGAGGGUGGGGGUGGGAGGAUGCCUCAUGCUUCUACCCAGGCACCUGGGUUUAUUGGACUCCAGGGGAUAAACGUGAACAAGGGGAGAGAGGCCAAGUCUUCUAUCUGCUCUCCCCUAACCCCUGUCCCCUGGUGACCAGCAGCUGAGACCCUCUCAGGGAGAAGGUGCUGGGACCUGGGGGUGACACUCAAGCAAACCAUUUGGAAAAAUUAGGAAACCUUUAAGAUUCUGGUUCCAGCCAGGAUUGAGGAAGGGCCCCUCUUCUCUUCCUCCUCAUCGGCUCUCAGGCAAGGGAACCUUUCACCUGUGUAGUUCUGGCUCCUUCAGGAAGGGGAAGGGAAGAGGCCAGGUCACCUUGGGACUCCUCUUUGCUCUUCCCCACUCUCCUCCCCAGGGCCCCCUGGUCAGAAGGCUUCUCUGGGAGUCUUGCUAAACUUGAGUUUAUCAGGCACCCAGGAGUUUUAGUGCAAAAAAAAAAAGGGCAUUGUGUGAGGCAGCAGAGUUUUGUGGUGCUUCAAGCCCUACCUGUUGACACUGGCUUUGUUCUCCUGCCCCUAAAAUCAUAUCUGAUUCUAUUUCUCUGUGUCUAAAAGAUAAAUCCACUGACUGUGAGUAAAAAGGAUGUAGGUAGGCAUUAACUGCACAUGUUAGUGGGUUAAUUUCCUGGCUACCUCCCUUCCUCAGCCCAUUGGGUUAAACACCAAAGAAAGACUGGUGUGUACUGAAUAGGAAAGGGAAGUUUUAUUUGGAUGCCUCUGAGAGGAAAUCAACCAGGACCAAAGAGCCUUAAAGGACACACAGCAAAGCGCAGCCGCUCGCCCUUCCCAGCCUGGCUGCUCUAGGUGAUUUCUCAGGCCCUUGAGGGAGAGGGCUUUUGUGGCUGACCUGGGGCCAUGUCUGUAUGAGUUUUGUGUAGUCGAAUUUACUGACUGAUCGAAGGAUAUCACUGUGAAUCGAAUGCAUUUCUUGAAAGAGCACAGCGAACUGUCUGCACGCUGAGUUAAUAAAGCCUGGAUGGAAAGCA